CCAAAUUCAAACUGGUGGCCAUCUUGAGCGGUCGGGAUCCCGGCGCGCGGCGCGACUGGGAGGUGGGGCGCGGCGGAGGGUGCAAUGGCGCCGGGCUGCAAAACUGAGUUGCGCAAUGUGACAAAUUGUCAGUCUAACCAGCCAUGCAAUGAGGGGGAUGCCAUCAAAGUUUUCGUGCGAAUCCGCCCACCUGCAGAGGGCUGUCGGCUGGCAGAGGGAGACCCAAACCUAUGCCUGUCUGUGCUGUCCGCCACGGCCCUGCGGCUGCACUCGAGCCCUGAGCCCAAGACCUUCACCUUCGACCACGUCGCGGACGUGGACACCACUCAGGAGUCUGUGUUCUCGACUGUGGCGAAAAGCAUUGUGGAGUCCUGCAUGAGUGGCUAUAAUGGGACCAUCUUUGCAUAUGGGCAGACUGGCUCAGGGAAGACAUUUACCAUGAUGGGACCAUCCGAAUCUGAUAAUUUUUCUCAUAACUUGAGAGGAGUAAUUCCACGAAGUUUUGAAUAUUUGUUUUCCUUAAUUGAGCGUGAAAAAGAGAAGGCUGGAGCUGGGAAGAGCUUCCUUUGCAAAUGUUCCUUUAUUGAAAUCUACAAUGAGCAGAUCUAUGACCUGCUGGACUCUGCGUCAGCUGGCCUAUACUUACGGGAGCACAUCAAGAAGGGAGUGUUCGUUGUUGGUGCAGUGGAGCAGGUGGUAACGUCGGCCGCCGAGGCCUACCAGGUGUUGUCUGGAGGAUGGCGAAACAGACGUGUGGCAUCAACAUCCAUGAACAGAGAAUCCUCACGAUCUCACGCAGUCUUUACCAUCACCAUCGAGUCCAUGGAGAAAAGCAAUGACAUCGUGAACAUACGGACCUCCCUGCUCAACCUGGUGGACUUAGCAGGGUCAGAGAGGCAGAAAGAUACCCACGCCGAGGGGAUGAGGCUGAAGGAAGCAGGGAACAUAAACCGAUCUUUGAGCUGCCUGGGCCAGGUGAUCACGGCGCUUGUGGAUGUGGGCAAUGGAAAGCAGAGACACAUUUGCUACAGAGACUCCAAACUCACCUUCCUGCUACGGGACUCCUUGGGCGGUAAUGCUAAGACAGCCAUCAUUGCAAAUGUUCACCCUGGAUCCAGGUGCUUUGGAGAAACGCUGUCCACACUUAAUUUUGCUCAAAGAGCCAAGCUGAUUAAAAACAAGGCAGUGGUUAAUGAAGACACCCAAGGAAACGUGAGCCAGCUACAGGCUGAAGUGAAGAGGCUCAAGGAGCAGCUGGCACAGCUUACUUCCGGCCAGAUGCCAGCGGAAAGCUUCCUGACCAGAGACAAAGAGAAGGAUGAUUACAUGAAGUAUUUCCAGGAAGCAAUGUUAUUCUUUAAGAAGUCUGAACAGGAAAAGAAGUCUCUAGUAGAAAAAGUUACCCAGUUAGAAGACCUCACCCUCAAAAAGGAAAAAUUUAUUCAGUCCAAUAAAAUGAUUGUGAAGUUCCGGGAGGACCAGAUCACACGCCUGGAGAAGCUGCACAGGGAGUCGCGGGGCUGUUUCCUGCCCGAGGAGCAGGAUCGCUUGCUCUCGGAGCUACGGGACGAGAUCCAGACCCUGCGCGAACAGAUCGAGCACCACCCCAGAGUCGCCAAAUAUGCUAUGGAAAAUCAUUCCCUCAGAGAAGAGAAUCGGAGACUCAGACUGUCCGAGCCCGUGAAAAGAGCCCAAGAGAUGGAUGCGCAGACUAUUGCCAAGCUGGAGAAAGUGUUUUCUGAACUGUAUGACACAGAGAGAAACAGCAGAGGUCAACAAGGAUUUUCUCCUAAAGCUCAGAAGGAACCAUUUACAAAUACUGAGAAGUUAAAGUCGCAUCUCCUGCAAGUUCAGACCGAGCUGAAUAAUUCAAAGCAAGAAUAUGAAGAAUUCAAGGAACUCACCAGGAAAAGGCAGCUGGAAAUGGAAUCAGAGCUUCAGUCUCUGCAAAAAGCCAACCUUAAUCUUGAAAACCUUCUGGAAGCAACAAAGGCGUGCAAGAGGCAAGAGGUUUCUCAGCUAAACAAAAUCCACGCGGAAACGCUCAAGAUUAUAACUACACCAACCAAGGCCUAUCAGCUUCGCUCGCUGCUAACGCCGAAGCUGAGCCCUGAAGUUGGGAGCUUUUCUCCUGUAUGCGCCGAGGAGCCCAGCAGAGUCGAUCACGGCAUCAUGAAUGAGCCCAUCCCAGCUGAGAUGAGCGAGCAAGCUUUUGAGGCCAUUUCAGAAGAGCUGAGAAUGGUGCAGGAACAAAUGAGUAGUCUUCAAGCCAAGCUGGAUGAAGAAGAGCACAAAAACCUCAAGCUGCAGCAGCACGUCGACCGGCUGGAGCACCACUCAUCCCAGAUGCAGGAGCUCUUCUCAUCAGAAAGAACUGAUUGGGCCAAACAACAACAGGAGCAUCUGUCACAGUUGAACAUCCUUGACAAGCAGCUCCGAGACACUCAGACCAAGAAUGACUUUUUGAAAAGCGAGGUGAAUGACCUGCGAGUGGUUCUUCAUUCUGCCGACAAGGAGCUGUCUUCCGUGAAGCUGGAGUACAGCACCUUCCGAGAGAGCCAGGAGGAGGAGUUCGGCCAGCUCUCCGAGAAGCACGUGCACGUGCAGCUCCAGCUAGACAGUGUCAGACUAGAAAAUGAAAAGCUGCUCGAGAGCCAAGCCUGCCUGCAGGACUCCUACGAAAACUUACAAGAAGUCAUGAAGUUUGAAAUUGACCAGCUGUCAAAAAACCUCCAAAAUUGCAAAAAAGAAAAUGAAACCCUGAAAUCUGACCUGAGCAAUUUGAUGGAGCUUUUUGAGGCAGAGAAGGAGCGCAAUAACAAGUUAUCGUUAAAGUUUGAAGAAGAUAAAGAAAACAGUUCUAAAGAAAUCCUGAAAGUUCUUGAGGCUGUACGUCAGGAGAAGCAGAAAGAGAUGACCAAGUGUGAGCAGCAGAUGACAAAAAUACAGAAACUGGAAGAGAGCUUGCUCACAUCCGAAAAAGUGAUCAGUUCCUUGGAGAAGUCUAGGGAUGCGGACAAGGAAGUUGUGGCUGACCUCAUGAACCAGAUCCAGGAGCUCCGGGUGUCCGCCUUUGAGAAGACGGAGACCAUCGACAGCCUAAGACAAGAGCUGAAGGACAUCAACUGUAAAUACAGCAUGGCCCUGGCUGAGAAGGAGGAGAGCAAGGUGCUGAUCCAGAGACAGGAAGUGGACAUCGUGGAUCUCAAAGAAACCCUGCGCCUCAGAAUACUCUCCGAGGACCUGGAAAGGGAUAUGCUCUGCGAGGACCUGGCCCAUGCCACCGAACAGCUGAACAUGCUCACAGAGGCCUCUAAAAAGCACUCCGGGCUGCUGCAGUCCGCGCAGGAGGAGCUGACCAGGAAGGAGGCCCUGAUCCAGGAGCUUCAGCACGAGCUAAACCAGAAGAAAGAGGAGGUGGAACAGAAGAAGAAUGAAUACAACUUCAAGAUGAAACAGCUGGAGCAUGUGAUGGACUCUGCUGCUGAGUAUCCCCAGAGUCCUAAAACACCACCUCACUUUCAAGCCCAUCUGACAAAACUCAUGGAAACGCAGGAGCAGGAGAUAGAAGAUGGGAGAGCCUCUAUGACUUCUUUGCAGCACCUUGUGUUGAAGCUCACAGAAGACAGGGAAGUCAAAAACGCUGAGAUCCUCAGAAUGAAGGAGCAACUGUGUGAGAUGGAAAACCUACGGCUGGAAUCGCAGCGGUUACAAGAGAAAAACUGGCUGCUGCAAGGCCAACUGGAUGACAUGAGGAGACAGAAGGACAGCAGCGAUCAGAAUCAUGCAGACCGUCAGCAGCUGAAGAAUGAACAGGAAGAGGAAAUCAUCAAAGAAAAGCUUGCUAAGAAUAAACUCGUUGAAGAAAUGCUGAAACUGGAAGCAGAUCUGGCAGAAGUUCAAAGCGCCCUUCACAACAAGGAGACUGACUGCCUCAGGAUGACUGCAGAGGUGGAACGAACCAGAACUUUGGAGGCCAAAGCGUUCCAGGAAAAGGAGCAGCUGAGGUCCCGACUGGAGGAAAUGUAUGAGGAACGAGAGAGAACAUUCCAGGAGAUGGAGCUGCUGAGGAAGCAGGUGGUGGGACUGGCCGAGGAGAACGGAAAGCUGGUCGGCCACCAGAACCUGCACCAGAAGAUCCAGUACGUGGUGCGGCUCAAGAAGGAGAAUGUCCGGCUCGCCGAGGACAUGGAAAAGUUGCGUGUUGAAAAUGUAUUUUUAAAGGAGAAGAUAAAGGCCGAAUCCUAAGGAUCCUGCUCUCCCUGGGCCGCACGCUGUUUGGAGAUUUGGGUGUUUGGUUUUGUUUUUUGUUUUCUAACAGUAAGACCUACCCUUACCCACUUGGUAGAGCUGAGUUUAAAAAGUCUUCGACAUCU